AUGGACAGGCUCAGUCCAGAGACAAACAGGAGGAUCACCAGCAGACCUGGCGGGAGCUGCAUGUUCAUGAUGAGUCUUCAGAGACCCUGUACAGGACAGCAGAGGAGAGACCAGAACGACUGGAUGGGGCCCCCCAGUCAUGGCGAUGGAUCCACUAAGCCCGUCCCCAUCAACCCCGACUCCACCUGUGGGGACGGCUGGGUGUGUGAGCACAGGUGGCGCCAGAUCAGAAACAUGGUGGCUUUCCGUAACGUGGUGAAUGGUCAGCACUUCACCAACUGGUGGGACAACGGAAGCAACCAGAUCGCUUUCGGACGUGGAAACCGCGGAUUCAUUGUUAUCAACAAUGAUGACUCGAACCUGGACAUGACUCUGAACACUGGUCUCCCUGGAGGCACCUACUGUGACGUCAUCUCUGGUCAGAAGGAUGGCGGCAGGUGCACCGGGAAACAGGUGAAUGUUGGGGGAGAUGGCCGCGCCCACUUCAGAAUCAGCAACAUGGACGAGGACCCCUUCGUCGCCAUUCACGCCGAGUCAAAGCUGUAAACGUCUCACGUGGCUCUGAAGACUUUCAUACUUACAUGAUAUAAUAUUAAGUAGAGAUGUUAGCAGUAAAGGACCAUAUACAUUUGCUCACAACUUAACAAUAAAUGCAAGCAUCUGAUAA